CGCCUCACAGUAAAGAUGGCGCACAGCGGUCGGUGGCGCUUCCCGGCCCGGCCCGGCAGCUGUGGCUGGGGCCGCCGCGGGCUCGGGGGCUGCCGCGUGCGGGUGCCGGCCGUGCGCAGCCUGCGCGGGGAGCCGCCCGAGGAGCGCCCGGCUGGCGGCGGAGGAGCGGCCGCGCCGGCGGGAAACAGCGGUGGAGGGGGCGGGGCGGGCGGCUCUUCCUCGGCCUCCGCCGCCGCCGCCCUCGGCCCGCCGCCUCCUCCGGCUCCACCCGCUGCUGCUCCCGGCUCGGGCGCCGCCGCCGCCGCUGCCUCCUCGGUAGCGGCGACGGCGGCCAGUGCCGGGGUGGCGCCGGGCUUCGACGCGGCGCUCCAGGUCUCGGCCACCAUCGGCAUCAACCUGCGCCGGUUCCGGGCGGCCUGCGGUGCUGAGGCGGGCAGUGGAGAGGAUGAGCAGUUCAUAGGCUUUGGUUCAGAUGAUGAGGCCAAAGGACAAAGUCCCACCAAAUCUCCCACAGCCUCAGUCAAGCCUAGCGCACGCAAACCUCGUGGGAGACCCCGAAACAGCUCAGACCGAAGUUCAGUUGUGCUCUCAGAGUCCUCACCUGUGUAUUCACCUUCAAGCAAACCAGAACCCAUCUCCAUGGAAAAAUUAAAGAGGAAAGAAUUGAAAAGUGCAGAAAAGCGACGAGGGAGGCCUCCUGCACUUAGCAGUGUGAAGUUCAAGAUCACCCGCAAAGAGGUCAUUCCAGAUGCUCAGAAAGGAGGCAAGGAGGAAAAAGAGACUCUAAAGAAAAUAAAGCGAGCACCUUCCACUACAUUUCAGCAUGCUGCAAAAAUUAAGAAACUAAGAGCAGGAAAACUCUCUCCACUGAAGUCUAAAUUCAAAUCUGGAAAGCUCCAGAUUGGAAGAAAAGGGGUUCAGAUUGUACGCAGGAGAGGAAGGCCACCAUCUUCCGAUCGCUUGAAGACCACACCAGCUCUAGUUGUGAGUUCUCCGUUAGAGAAGGCCCAGAAGGUGCGAAAGGAGAAAGAUGGAGUCUCGCCCCUGUCGAAGGAUGAGAAGCCAGCUGUGAGGCAGAGCCCCCGCAGGCCUGUGAGGAUCAUCCCUUCCUCCAAGAGGACGGAUGCCACGAUUGCCAAGCAACUCUUGCAGAGGGCUAAAAAGGGGGCCCAGAAGAAGAUCGAGAAAGAAGCAGCAAAGCUUCAAGGCCGGAAGGGGAGGACGCAGCUCAAAAACAUCCGGCAGUUCAUCAUGCCAGUGGUGAGUGCGAUCUCUUCGCGGAUCAUUAAAACUCCCAAGCGCUUCAUUGAAGAUGAAGACUAUGAUCCACCAAUCAAAAUAGCCCGUCCGGAAUCCACACCAAAUAGCCGCUUCAGUGCUCCCUCUUGUGGGUCCAGUGAGAAGUCCAGCGGCGCCUCUCAGCACUCCUCUCAGGUGUCUUCAGAUUCCUCACGGUCCAGCAGCCCCAGUGUUGACACGUCCACAGAUUCUCAGGCCUCAGAAGAGAUGCAGGCCUUAUCUGAAGAACGCAGCAAUACUCCAGAAGUUCACCCUCCGUUGCCCACAUCCCCUUCCCCUGAUAACGAGAGUGGCGAGAGGAGGAGGAGGAGGUUUUCUAUGGCAGAGAGAAAUUUUGUGCCCAAAGCAGCUAAAAAACUGCCCAGCCUCCAAAGUGUGUCCCAGCAGCAGCAGCAGUCAUCGUCUUCCUCUCCUCCUCCACCGCUUCUCACCCCGCCGCCACCACUCCAGCCAGCUGCCGGCAUUUCAGACCAUGCCCCUUGGCUUAUGCCCCCCACCAUCCCUUUGGCAUCACCCUUUCUGCCCUCCUCAGCUGCUCCCAUGCAAGAAAAGCGGAAGUCGAUUCUUCGAGAGCCAACAUUCCGUUGGACCUCUCUAAAGCACUCUCGGUCCGAACCCCAGUACUUUUCCUCAGCCAAGUAUGCCAAAGAAGGUCUCAUCCGCAAGCCCAUCUUUGAUAACUUCAGGCCUCCUCCGCUGACCCCUGAGGAUGUUGGCUUUGCCUCUGGUUUUUCAACGCCUGGAGCUGCAGCUCCAGCCCGCUUGUUUUCUCCUCUUCACUCUGGAACAAGAUUCGACCUACACAAAAGGAGCCCCUUGCUACGAGCUCCAAGGUUCACCCCAAGUGAGGCCCACUCACGCAUCUUUGAGUCUGUAACUUUGCCUUCUUCUGUUAGUCGAUCGGCAGCAGGAAGCACUGCAGCAGCAUCCUCUUCGAAGAAGCGGAAGAAGAGAGGGUUCAGCCCAAUUCGAUCAGAACCCAGAUCUCCUUCGCACUCCAUGAGGACGAGAAGUGGAAGACUAAGCACCUCUGACCUGUCCACUCUCACUCCAUCCUCAUCAGUUUCUUCCUCGCUGACAAGCAUUCCUGUGGGUUCCCUUACCACCAGUGCCUUAAACUCCACUUUUACUUUUCCUUCCCAUUCUCUCUCCCAUCCUGGGGAGUCGGCAGAGAAAAGCCAGAGACCGAGGAAGCAGGCAAGCAUUCCGGCUGAGCCUUUCUCAUCCGGGAGCCCCACUCCCCUCUUUCCAUGGUUCACACCAAGUCCCCAAACAGAGAGGGGCAAGAACAGAGACAAAGCCUCCAGUGAGGAACCAUCCAAAGAUAAAGAAAGUGACAAAGGUCUUGAGAAGGAGAAGAGCAGAGAGAGGGAUAGAGAGAGGGAGAAAGAGAAUAAGCGGGAGUCCAGGAAAGAGAAAAGGAAAAAGGCUCCAGAGAUUCAGAGCAGCUCAGCUUUGUUCCCACUGACUCGAGUUUCCAAAGGAAAAGUUGUCCGUGAAGAUGUAGCCAUUUCCUCUUCUGCCAAAAAAACUGCAGGCCGGAAGAAAUCGGCGGCUGCUGAUCCAGCAGCAGAUGUGCCUGCUGUGGUUCUUGUAGACUCAGCAGCAGCCAUCAUCAAGACCAAACUGCCCAAGAAAGGCCGAGGGGGGUUAGAGAAAUCCAGUCUGGAACUUGGAUUGGCUGCUCCUUCCAUGGAAAAGGAAGAAUCCCUGCAUCUCCCAGCUGCUGCUUCAGUCAACAUUGUGAAACAUUCCUCCAUCAGCUCAGUGCUGGCUCAUGCAGACAAACUUCCAAUGACUGACAAGAGGGUGGCCAGCCUCCUCAAGAAAGCAAAAGCCCAGCUGUAUAAGAUUGAGAAGAGCAAGUCCCUGAAGCAGGUGGAUCAGCCAAAAGGACAGGGUCAAGAGAGUGAUUCUUCAGAGACCUCUGUGCGAGGGCCACGCAUAAAGCAUGUUUGCAGAAGGGCAGCUGUAGCACUAGGCCGCAAGCGAGCCGUCUUUCCAGAUGACAUGCCCACUCUGAGUGCCUUACCAUGGGAAGAACGAGAGAAGAUACUGUCUUCCAUGGGGAACGAUGACAAGUCCUCGGUUGCAGGUUCAGAAGAUGCCGAGCCCCUUGCACCUCCCAUCAAACCUAUCAAGCCAGUUACCAGAAACAAGGCCCCCCAGGAGCCCCCUGUGAAGAAAGGCCGGCGGUCAAGGCGCUGUGGGCAGUGCCCAGGCUGCCAGGUCCCAGAGGACUGUGGUGUCUGCACAAAUUGCCUGGAUAAGCCAAAGUUUGGUGGGCGGAACAUCAAGAAGCAGUGCUGCAAGAUGAGGAAGUGUCAGAAUUUGCAGUGGAUGCCAUCAAAAGCCUAUCUCCAGAAGCAAGCCAAAGCUGUGAAAAAGAAAGAGAAGAAAUCCAAGUCCAGUGAAAAGAAAGAGAUCCAUGCUGGGAAGAGCCAGCCAGAGGCUGGACAGAAAGCAGCUGCUCCUCAGCUCACUUUGGCGAAAGAGGAUCAUGCCUCCAAAAGGGGCAGUGAACCUGCCCGGAAGCCCAGUGAGGAGAAGAGUGAGGAGGGCCCACCACCACUGACUCCGCCUCCCCCAGACACCAAGCAGGCCCCUCCCCCUGCAGCCCGGAAGGCUGCCAAGCAGCAGGCACCGCCCCCCACGCAGGUGCCUCCCACCCCACCGCCUAGUACAGGCCCACCAAAAAAGGAAGCCCCCAAAACCAUCCCUGCUGAGCCCAAGAAGAAGGCAGCUCCACCACCAGAAGUGGGGAUCGAGCAAAGCAGACAGAAGAAAAUAACUCCUCGUCCAAGCUUACCAGUGAAACAGAAGCCAAAAGAAAAGGAGAGACCACCCCCAGUCAGCAAGCCAGAUAAUGGUACCCUCAACCUGUUGAGCACUUUAUCAAAUGGGAACAGCUCCAAACAGAAACCCCUCAUAGAUGGAGUCCACAGGAUCCGAGUAGACUUCAAGGAGGACUGUGAGGCUGAGAACGUUUGGGAAAUGGGCGGUUUGGGUAUCCUGACCUCUGUCCCGAUAACUCCCAGGGUGGUCUGCUUCCUCUGUGCCAGCAGUGGGCAUGUUGAGUUUGUGUAUUGCCAGGUGUGCUGUGAGCCUUUCCACAAGUUCUGUUUGGAGGACAGUGAGCGCCCCCUGGAGGACCAGUUGGAAAACUGGUGCUGUCGUCGCUGCAAGUUCUGCCAUGUGUGUGGGAGGCAGCAUCAGGCCACCAAGCAGUUGCUGGAGUGUAACAAGUGCCGAAACAGCUAUCACCCAGAGUGCCUGGGACCAAAUUACCCAACAAAACCUACGAAGAAAAAGAAAGUUUGGAUCUGCACGAAAUGUGUCCGCUGCAAGAGCUGUGGAGCGACAACGCCAGGCAAAGGGUGGGAUGCCCAAUGGUCUCACGACUUCUCUCUGUGUCACGAUUGUGCCAAACUCUUCGCUAAAGGGAACUUCUGCCCCGUCUGUGACAAAUGCUACGAUGACGAUGACUAUGAGAGCAAAAUGAUGCAGUGUGGGAAAUGUGACCGCUGGGUCCACUCCAAGUGUGAAAACCUCUCAGAUGAGAUGUACGAGAUCCUCUCCAACCUGCCAGAGAGUGUGGCUUACACCUGCAUUAACUGCACAGAACAACCUCCUGCUGAAUGGCGGCUAGCACUGGAGAAAGAGCUGCAGCUUUCUUUGAAGCAGGUUCUAACAGCCCUACUAAAUUCCAGGACAUCCAGCCAUUUGCUGCGUUAUAGACAGGCGGCCAAACCCCCUGACUUAAAUCCUGAGACGGAAGAGAGCGUCCCAUCCCGAAGUUCCCCAGAAGGCCCAGACCCUCCUGUGCUCACUGAAGUCAGCAAGCAAGAAGAACAGCAGCUGCUGGACCUGGAAGGAGUGAAAAGAAAAAUGGAGCAAGGAGGCUACAUUUCUGUGCUGGAGUUUAGUGAUGAUAUUGUAAAGAUAAUCCAAGCAGCCAUUAAUGCUGAUGGAGGGCAGCCAGAACUUAAGAAGGCCAACAGCAUGGUGAAGUCCUUCUUCAUUCGGCAAAUGGAACGUGUUUUUCCGUGGUUCAGUGUAAAGAAAUCAAGAUUUUGGGAACCUAAUAAAGUUACAACCAACAGUGGGAUGCUGCCUAAUGCUGUCUUGCCGCCUUCACUCGACCAUAACUACGCACAGUGGCAGGAGCGUGAAGAAAACAGUUGUGCUCAACAACCUCCUCUUAUGAAGAAAAUCAUUCCAGCACCAAAACCCAAAGGUCCUGGAGAGCCAGACUCCCCAACUCCACUGCAUCCUUCUACACCACCUAUAUCCAGUUCUGACAGAAGCUUGGAGGACAGCCCAGAACUUACCCCUCCUCCAGAUGCGGAGGAUAACCGGCAGUGUGCACUUUGCUUGAAGUAUGGCGAUGAUGGUGGGAAUGAUGCUGGCCGUCUCCUCUACAUCGGCCAGAAUGAGUGGACCCAUGUGAACUGUGCCCUGUGGUCAGCUGAAGUUUUUGAAGAUGACGAUGGCUCCCUGAAGAAUGUGCACGUGGCAGUGAUCAGAGGGAAACAGCUGAGAUGUGAAUUUUGCCUGAAGUCGGGUGCCACAGUGGGCUGCUGCCUGACCUCCUGCACAAGCAACUAUCACUUCAUGUGCUCCCGGGCCAAGAACUGUGUCUUCCUGGAGGAUAAGAAAGUCUACUGCCAGCGCCACCGGGACCUGAUCAAAGGAGAGGUGGUUCCCGAGAAUGGCUUUGAAGUCCUAAGAAGAGUCUUUGUGGAUUUUGAAGGGAUUAGUUUGAGACGAAGGUUUCUUCAUGGUCUGGAGCCAGAGAACAUCCACAUGAUGAUUGGGUCCAUGACGAUUGACUGCCUCGGGAUUCUGAGCGAUCUGUCUGACUGUGAAGACAAGCUGUUCCCCAUUGGUUAUCAGUGCUCUCGGGUGUACUGGAGCACAACGGAUGCUCGGAAGCGCUGUGUGUACACUUGCAAGAUCAUGGAAUGCCGCCCUCCUAUCCUUGAGCCAGACAUCAACAGCACAGUAGAGCACGAUGACAAUAGGACCAUCACGCACAGCCCCAGGCCACUUUCAGAAAUUCCAGCCAGAGAAGGCCAUGCAGUGUCAGCGGUUGUGAGCACUCCCUCUUCAGACUUCCUGCCACAUUCUCAGAACUGCAGGGCUCUGCGGAUCAGAGCGCCAAGUUUUCCUCCCGCCCUGCGAUCUCCUGGUUCAAGGCCAUUGCCCUCUGCAGGGAGCCCCACCCACAUUACACACGAGAUCGUGACUGUGGGAGACCCCCUUCUGUCAUCUGGGCUUCGAAGCAUUGGCUCCAGACGACACAGCGCCUCCUCUCCUCUGCCCCCUCCACAGUUGAGGUCCUGGAUGAUGCCUUCCAGCAGAGCUGGGGCCACUCACUCCUCCAGGCACAGCCUCUCUUCAACACCCAGCCUGUCUCCCUUGCCAGAGCACGACUUGAGCACAAAGCUUUCAGAGCGUUCUUCGGGCCCAGCAGCCGGACGCAUUGCCACCCAGAGUAGCUCUGCCCCUCCCUGUGGUGGUCAGAGGCCAGCAGGGACAGGUGGAGGAGGCACAAGCACUUCCUUGGAGGGAGCGCUGUCAUUAGAAGCAAUGGGGCCUCCAGGGACAGAGAAGAGCAAGCUGAUGAGCCAAAAAGACGCAAGUUCUUCCCUGGGCAAUUUGAAGGCCAGUACUCCUGUGCAGAGUGCUUCUGGCACCGAGCCAAACACCAGCAAAGUAGGGAAGCUUCCAGAGCCCUCUUCUGGGCUGUUUUCUUCCAAAGAGGCAGUAGCCUUUCCACCUUUACAUCAGAGACCCCCAAAGAAGGAGCAAGAGCAGCAGGUGGAUCUUGUAAAGCCAGAAAAGAACUGCUCUUACGAGGAUCCAGAAGCAAAGAUCUCCAAGCUUUCUGGGGCAAGUAACAGAUCUCCUCCUUCCAUAAGUGACCCAGCACCUUCUGUAGGCAGAGAUAGGCGGCAGCAGAAGGGGAAAAGGGGAGCCAAAGAGAGACAUUCCAAUAAACUCUUUACAAAUCCGAGCCUCCUCACACCUAGCAACAAAGACAGCGCAGAGCCAGAAUUUGUUCAUCAAGCUGUGACGCCUGAGCAUGUGAACCAGAAGCUCUGUAACAAUGUUGUGGCUUCAGAGAAGGCCCCCGAUAGACAGCUGCUUAACCAGAAGACCUCCAAGGUCCCUUCCCAGGGCGAAGUGGCCACUUCCAAGGAUCUGCAGGCUUCCCAGAAGCGCACAGUGAAAGUCACAUUGACUCCUCUCAAGAUGGAAGGUGAUAGCCAGUCCAAGAACAUUCAGAGGGAGGGUGAUGUAGAAUCUCAGCCUAAGGAGAGCAAACCAGCUUCCCUGGCACAAUCCUCUUCCACUCCAGAACGGUCAGGAAACGGCUCCCUGGUUCAAGACAGCCCAAGUUGUGCUUCAGUCCCCGAGGCUCCAAGCGAGGCCUACCAGAGUCUUCCUGUUCAGGAGAGCAACUUGAUGCUCCAGGAGACAGCCAAAGCCCAGGAAGACGGGGCCUACAAGCGGCGGUACCCCCGGCGCAGCGCACGGGCCAGAUCCAACAUGUUCUUUGGGCUGACUCCAUUGUAUGGUGUGAGGUCUUACGGGGAAGAAGACAUUCCCUUCUACAGCAACUCCACUGGGAAGAAGCGGGGAAAGAGGUCUGCUGAAGGGCAAGUAGAUGGUGCCGAUGACCUCAGCACGUCGGACGAGGAUGACCUUUACUACUACAACUUCACCAGGACAGUGGUCUCAAACACGGAAGAGCAUCUUGCUUCUCCUCACAACUUAUUCCGGGAGGAGGAACAGUGCAGCCUUCCCAAAAUCUCUCAGCUGGAUGGUGUGGAUGACGGGACAGAAAGUGACACAAGCAUCACGGUGACAACCAGGAAAGUCAAUCCAGUGACCAAAAGGAGUGGCAAAGAAAAUGGAACAGAGAGCUUAAAACUUGAUCGGAGCGAAGAGAGUGGGGAGAAAGCACAAGUCACCAAGAGCUCAGCUGGCCACAAAGCAGCCGAGCCCAAGAUGGAGAACUGCCGCGUAAAAACCCAGAGCCAGGAUCCUCUGGAAGCUCAGCUGAGUUCUUUAGAGGCCAGCCGCCGCCCUCGUGCCAGCACCCCUUCGGAGAAGACCCUGCUGGAUACCUUCAGCACAGAGCUGCUCAAGUCCGACUCCGACAAUAACAACAGUGACGACUGCGGGAACAUUCUCCCGUCUGACAUCAUGGACUUUGUGCUGAAAAACACCCCCUCCAUGCAAGCCCUCGGAGAGAGCCCUGAGUCAUCGUCCUCCGAGCUCCUGACGCUGGGAGACGGGCUGGGCCUUGACACCACCAACCGGGGCAAGGAUAUGGGCCUCUUUGAAGUCUUCUCUCAGCAGCUGCCAACCACAGAGCCUGUUGACAGCAGUGUUUCGUCAUCCAUCUCGGCAGAGGAGCAGUUUGAGCUGCCUCUGGAACUGCCUUCUGACCUCUCUGUCUUGACCACUCGGAGCCCAACAGUGCCCAGCCAAAAUCACGGCAGACUUGCUGUCAUUUCAGAAUCCUCGCUCUCCUCCUCCUCGUCGUCGUCAGGAGAGAGAUCACUCUUAGCUUUGCCUUCUACGGAGUCUGCCGAGAAGAGGGUGACUGUCACAGAGAAAGCUGCCUCCAGUGAAGGGGAGCCAGCUCUGUUGAGCCCACGAGUGGACCCAAGCCCUGAAGGACACCUGACCCCUGACCCCUUUAUUCAAAGUCACAUGGAAGCAGAGCACAUAGCCAGCCCCCCAUGUGGACCAGGAGAGCCAGGCCGUUCAGCCAGCCAAGACUUGGCCAGAAAUAGCGGGACACCUGGUCUCCAAGUGCCAGUAUCUCCAACCCUCCCACUUCAGAAUCCUAAGUAUGGCCCAAACUCCACAGAGAACCCUGGCCCAUCUCAGAUUUCCAAUGCUGCUGUGCAGACAGCCCCCCUCCACCUCAAGGCAGCUGCAGAAAAGCUCCUGGUGGUUAAUCAGAACAUGCAGCCAUUGUACGUCCUUCAGACUCUUCCCAAUGGUGUCACGCAAAAGAUACAGCUGACCUCUUCUGUCAGUUCCGCGCAGGGCGUGUUGGAGGCCAGCGCUUCUGUGCUUGGGCCCCUGGGCCCAGGGCUGGCACUAGGGGCCGGUGUAAACCCCAGCUUGCCUUCCUCCUCCCAGCCUCUCUUUCCACCAACCAGCAAAGGGUUACUGCCGAUGCCCCAUCACCAACACUUGCACUCCUUUUCUGCAGCCCCCCAAAGCAGCUUCCCAUCCUCCCUUGGCAGUCCUGCCUCAGGACUUCUGAUUGGUGUCCAGCAACCACCUGACCCCGAAGCAAAUCAGAGAGCCGAGAUUGGGUCCACAGCCACCACGCCACCCUCUGGCCUCAGCAAGAAAAGGCAGAUUUCGCGCUUGCCAUCGCGCAAGAACAAAAAGCUUGCCCCUUCCGCCAUCACCCCGUCUGACAUGGUCCCCAACAUGACAUUGAUUAACUUCACUCCUUCCCAGCUCCCCAGCCAUCCAGGCCUGCUAGAUUUGGGAACUGCCAGUAACCCUGCAUCCCACAGAACUGUCCCCAAUAUCAUCAAGCGUUCAAAGUCUGGGAUAAUGUACUUUGAGCAGACCCCUCUGCUGCCCCAAGGGGUGGGAGCAACUGCAGCAGCAGUUGGAACACCCCCUAGCGUGGCUGGGCCAGACAGCGGUCAUCUUGCAAACAGGCCAGUGACAGGCCUAGCCUCUGCUGGAUCCAUGCUGAAUGUGGUGUCAAUGCCAACGUCAUCAGCACCUUCCACGGGCACAUCAGUCCCCAGCGGGCAUGUGCUGGGGAGGGGGUCCGUUGCACUACCUAGCUCUGGGCUGCAAGGAGUAUCUGACAUGGGCUCCAUCAGCAACCUCUUGAUCAAAGCCACUCAACAGAGCUUGGGUCUUCCGGAGCAGCACGCCGCAGUGCCACCAUCUGGCUCCGGGAUGUUUUCACCACUAGGCGAUGCCUCAUCGGCCCAGUCCACAGUCUCAGUGGCGGGGACGGCAGCAUCCAGCAUCUGUGUCUUGCCUUCUGCACAGACUAUGGGCAUGACCACUGACCCCGAAGGAUCUUACCAGCCUGGGCCUCUGACACAGAUCCUGGCCAGCAAAACUGGUGCCGUCCCGCCUCAGGUGGAUCUUGCGCCAUCCCAAGCUCCUCCGCAUUCAGGCUUUCCCCAGUUGGUGGACAUCACUAACCCUGCAGCACUGGAGCAAAACAAGACCUCCUCAUCCGUCACGCGUGCCAGCUCUACUUCUCCUGCGAGCUCCACAUCCUCUGACCAGCUGCUUGGAAGCUCCUCCAUGAAGGUCAAAGCCAAAGUGAAACGGUCUCAGUCCUCAUCAGACAGCAGCAUCAGCAAAGGGUCUGGGAAGAAGCACAAGAUGUCUCACUUCUGGUCCAGCUCCCCUGAGAAGCACAUUCCCCAGCAAGGCACCAACUCUGCAACCCAGGACUUGGCUGGAGGGGUUCCUACCCUGAAGAUGCACAUGGAGGAAGAAGAGGAAGGGGCCACAAGUGUAGAGCAGCCCCCACCCAAAGUGGCAGACAGGCAAACGGCAUCUGUUCCAGAAUCACAGACAGCACAGAGCACUGCAAGUGAGCAAGAGCCCACAGACUCCAGAGCUUCUGAGGAUGAAGAGAGCACUUUCAGCUCCCCACUUAUGUUCUGGCUGCAGCAAGAGCGGAAGAGAAAGGAGAGCCUCGCUGAGAAGAAGCCCAAGAAAGGACUGAUUUUUGAGAUCUCAAGCGAUGAUGGAUUUCAGAUCUGUGCUGAAAGUAUUGAAGAGGCCUGGCAAUCCCUAACUGACAAGGUUCAGGAGGCUCGUUCCAAUGCCCGCUUGAAGCAGCUAUCCUUCGCAGGUGUGAGCGGAUUGAGGAUGCUGGGAAUUCUGCACGAUGCUGUUGUGUUCCUGAUAGAACAGCUGUCUGGGGCGAAGCACUGCCACAACUACAAGUUCCGGUUCCAUAAGCCAGAGGAGGCCAAGGAGCCCCCAGUGAACCCCCAUGGCUCUGCCAGAGCUGAAGUGCACCUCAGGAAGUCUGCCUUCGACAUGUUCAAUUUCCUGGCUUCUAAGCACCGCCAGCCGCCAGAGUACAACCCCAAUGAUGAGGAGGAAGAGGAGGUGCAGCUGAAGUCUGCCCGGAGGGCAACCAGCAUGGACCUUCCCAUGCCCAUGCGGUUCCGACACUUGAAGAAAACCUCCAAGGAGGCAGUUGGUGUCUACAGGUCUCCUAUCCAUGGCCGGGGCCUGUUCUGCAAAAGAAACAUCGAUGCAGGAGAGAUGGUGAUCGAGUAUGCCGGCAACGUGAUCCGUUCCAUCCUAACUGACAAGCGUGAGAAGUACUAUGACAGCAAGGGCAUCGGCUGCUACAUGUUCCGCAUUGAUGACUCCGAGGUGGUGGACGCCACCAUGCACGGGAACGCAGCCCGCUUCAUCAACCACUCCUGUGAGCCCAACUGCUACUCCCGAGUCAUCAACAUUGAUGGGCAGAAGCACAUAGUCAUAUUUGCCAUGCGCAAGAUCUACCGCGGCGAGGAGCUGACCUACGACUACAAGUUCCCUAUCGAAGACGCCAGCAACAAGCUGCCCUGCAAUUGCGGUGCCAAGAAAUGCCGCCGGUUCCUCAACUGAACGCUGACUGACCUGGCUGUCAUAGGGGUUGGGCUCCGCCAGUCUCAGGCGUGUGGAAGGUGGGGUGGGUGGGGUGGCCCUCCCACGGCAAGUGGGUCAAGCCAGGCAGCAGGUGGCCGAGGCCUGGUAUUGUUUGCUGCCUCCUUGGCUUUGUGAAAGGUCCUGCCCAGAUGAUGGACUUCGUUGUCCCGUCUUGCAAGGAAAACUGCUGGAGUGUUGGGCUGCUGCAGCAGCCAAGGACUGCCUUGAGAGGUGGGGCUUCCCUUCCCGCACACUUUGGUGGGCCCUUGCCUCCUCAGACUUGGAGACAUGGCCUGCAGGUCUCCGUGAGCUGCCCUUGUGUCUUGCCUCUGGUUGCUGUUCCCUGAAAUUCCCAUGACUUGUCGAGGAAUAGCUCAUCAGUAUUUGAGCAGGCAAGCAAUGAGGACUGAGGGCUUCCAUGCGCUUUGGGUGAGGUUAGGUUAGAAGUGCAGCCGAGGUGGACUCCCUGCCCUAGGAAGCAGGCUGUCCUGCCAGGCAUUCAGUCCCUAGAGCCCUCUCCCUGCCCUGCAUCUGCCCUCCAGUUGGGACUCCAGAGGAAACAGAGCCCCACAGGCAGUGGGCCUGGUGCCUCUCUGAGCACCAGCCUACAGCAGCUGAUAGCAUUUCCUUCCCUACCAGCUGCUCUCUGACAUAGGAAAAGGCAGGGAGUGCCAACACUCCCAGUGAGCUAGAGGCUGUGGGUUCCCUGGUCCAAGAUUGGGGGACCCAAAAGGUGAUGGAUCUCCCUAGUGGGAUCAUGUGCCCGUUUAAAAGCAAACACAAGCAGCACAACUUCCUUUCAGCCUCCUUCAGUUGCACCCUCUUGAAUUAUUAUGUCAUUGGAUUUUACUUGGUUCUUCUGUUUACAGUUUAGUAUUUAAGGUUUUGUAAAUGUAAAUAUAUUUUGUAUAUUUUUCUAUGAGAAGCACUUCAUAGCGAAGAGCACUUAUGAAACUAUUUUUUCAAUUGUGGUUGUCAUCCUAAUUUAAAAGAAUCAGUUUUUAAUGACCUUAUUAUUUUAAUAGGAUGGGCUUUAGGAGGUUGCUGGCCAGGCCUGCAGUCCGAACCUUCCUCUAGACUAGAGAGCAGUGGGGGCAGUGGGGAGAACCUUUCCAGUUUUCUGGAAGCUUCGGCUGGACCUCGAAUUACACAUUGUGGGAGAGAAGAUACACACACAUCUGCAAGAGGUGUUUUGAACCCAGCAUUGAUGCUGGGUUUUAACAUGAGGGUGGGAGUACAGCACAGAGGGGACCCCCUGACCUUCCUCUCUCUUGGGAAGAGGCCAAAAUCCCACCACGCCACACCUCAGUAACCCAACAUUUCUGGUCUGCUCCAUCUCAUGCCACCAGAUUAAACUUCCUUGGCUCUGAAACUGCAAGCAAACCUUCCUAUGGUUGCCUAGUAAAGCCGCAGCAGCAGCCAGGCUUCUUUUGGGUCAACAAGCACAUUCCCUAUGAAGAUCUUGCCUCUCCUGCAGCCCAGCUUCCAGUUGCCUGGGGAGGACAGGCCAGCACUUACUAAGCCUUCCGCUCCAGCUGGAGUGGUACAGGGCAUGUGUCCAUUUCUCCUAUGGGGGGGCGCAAAACCCAAGUUUGGGUUGCCUGUGGUGAAUGUGGCAGAGUUUUUGAGGAAUCGAGUAGCCCUCCAGCUUUCCUGUUCCAGGCUGCCACAUCCUGUGGGCCAAAGAGGAACAUAAUUUGCAUGUCCCCUGCUGCUACCAAAGCCCUGGGCCAGUAGCUGCCAGGUCAAAAGAGAGUUCCGUCCCUUGCUUCUUCCUCUCUUCCACAAGGAAGUUCCAAGCAAGGAACAGGAGGAGGAGGAGCAUAAGCAUGUGGCUCAGGGCAGAGCUGGACUGGGGUCCAAGCUCACUGACAUUUGCUGCUGCUGUUGCUGCUGCUAAACCCUGUUCUGACUGAGCUCAGCAGCAGGCAGCCACUAUGGCCAGUAACCCAAGGGAAGAAGGCAUGCAUGCCACUGUGCCUGGGCUCCAUGGGGAGGCCGGCAGGAACGGAGAGAAGGAAGGGUUGGGGUCUUGGCCAGUUGUGUUGGCUCUGAUCUGUGGAGCAAAGGGAGGAGCUCCACGCGGCUUCCUGGCAAUAUGAAUGUAUAAUUUCUAAGGACUGACAGAGAUCAUGAUACCUGAGAAUACUAAGAGUCAAACCUUUAAGGUGUUUAUUUUUUUAAAGGAAAAGCGGGUCACUGCAAAGGGCUGGGGUAUAAUAAUCUUCUCUUCAUUGUCCUCCCUUGCGAAGCAAUACCGGGUUCUUGUUCUUUGUGCAGAAUCAUGUCGUUCUCACCCAGAUUGCUGCUCCAUCCUCCUCCCCUCCACCAUCUCCUCCUCCCACACACCUGCAAGUUUUUAUAACUAUAAAUAUGGUAUAUAUAGGAACAAAUAUCGUACUGCACCAUGUCUUGAAGCCUGGCUUUGAAUUCUCUUUAACACUAUAGAUAAGAGUUGUGUUCCAGUUGCUCAAAAGGCAGGAAAACCAGCAAGCCAGAGGCUUCGGGGCCAGUUGACGUCUCCCUCCUCCAAGGAGGACUGGGUAAGGGACCGGGGGUGGAGGGGUGGAUGCUCUGGCUCAGUCUGCCUGCAUGCAAACCCCCAGGAAGCUGUUGGGGGCUUGGCUAUGAAUUCUCCUGACCUUCAGUGUUAACAGUCAGUUCUUGUACAACUUGUUUCUUGCCGCCUUCGCUGCCUCCUCCUGGGUUCUGAUUGUUGAGGUACCAAAACGGCGUCAUCUGCUUUCCUGGUACCUUAACAAGGUCCUGCAGCUUUGCCUCUCAGCCGAGAACUGUGCUCGUGAUGUUCCUUUGAUUCAACGUAGCCGUCUUUUAAUAGCUCAAGGUAGUGAAUAAUUGUCUCAAACCGUGCAAAAGCUACGCAAACAGGGUUUUGUUCCAGAGAAAAAGCAACUUAUCAUGUAAAACCAAUCUCUCUCUCUCUCUCUUCGUUUUAUUUCUCGUGUUCUUCCAGAUUGUUUGGGUUUUUGUUUGUUUGUUUGUUUUCUUUAAAAAGAGGAAAUGCGUCUCUCGUGCUGCAUCAGUGUUAAUUCCCUGUCAUCGUCACAGGGAUGAAGGAAGUACUUUCAGUAGUUCAAGAAAUGACUGAAAAGUUCCAUGAAAGACUGAAUGUAAAAACAAGUGUAUAUAGUUGUACAAAAAAAGGAGUUUUUAAACAUGUUUAUUUUCUAUGCACUUUUUUAUUUAAGUGAUAGUUUAAUUAAUAAACAUGUCAAGUUUAUUGCUUCA